AUGGGUCAGGGGAUGUCCAUCUCGGUUCGAGAUUACUUUAAUCCUUUGGAGUCGCCAAGGAACGACCGUCCUUCAACUUUCGAUCCAUUGGCCGGUUUUCCUAAAGGCCGCAAACAACGUGAAAUGAUAGCGACUUGGGAAGAGAUGGACGAGUGGAAAUUGUCGCCGGGACAGCGUGAUUACUGCGCUCAUAGACUCAUUGAUGUCAUGAGAUGUCAAGUAAGUUUUUUUUGUGUUUGUUGAAUUUUAGGCUUUGAAUUUCUAGUGGAAAUAUGGUUUAUAAUGGCCAUUUUGAUGGUCUUAAAGUAGGGAUUGUAAUAUCAACAUAGUUUUUAACAUAACUUUUUUUAAAGGGCGGAUGGAUUCUUGAAGCUUUUUGGAAUGUUAGUUUACUUUAUUAGUAAGCUAUUAAGAUUGAAAUUUUAAGUUUGAAGCUUCUUUUUUAUAUUGCUUUAGAUAGGUUUAAAAAUGUCGUCGAAAUUAAGUGAAGACAUUGUUUUUAUUUUAAGUUGUUUUAAGAGUAAAACUUGAAAGUUUGCAAACAUUUGGAAUAUUAUUUUAUAAUUCAAUUUUUUAGCGUGAAUGGGCACCAUUGGCUGCUCACUCUUGCGCAGACAUCAGACACAAAUACGACCUGUGCGAAUACGAAGAUUACCUCCUGAGGAUGAAGGAAUACGAACGUGAACGUCGCUUGUUGAUGCGCAAACGAAGAAAGGAAAAAGCUGCCGGAAUUUCACCUGAAACUGAAUGA